AUGUUACCAAUCAAUCAUCCAUAUCGGAGGCAGCGUGCAGCUUUUAAUGGGAAACCUGAAUAUGGCACGCCUUCCGAGCCAUUAAACGGAGAAGAAGUGUUGCACAUUGUUGAAGAUAUUAAUUACAUAUGGGGCUCGAAAAAUGGGGGAAGUGUUGGUGAGAAUGAUGGUGACAGAGUUUGUUGGAAGAAGAAAUCAAAAUUCUUUGAUUUCGAGUAUUGGAAAUACCUUCAUGUGAGGCAUGUCCUAGAUGUUAUGCAUAUUGAGAAGGAUGUUUGCGAUAGUAUCAUUGGUACAUUGCUGGAGAUCCUUGGAAAAAAUAAAGAUGGGAUUGCUGCUUGGUUAGAUUUAUUGAACAUGGGGGUCAAAACUGAUUUGCAACCCGAGUAUAGACAAAGACGUACUCGCUUGCCUCCAGGGCCUUGGAAUUUUUCAAGAGCAGAGAAGAGAGCGGUUUGCAAUUCUUUCUAUGGUAUAAAGGUCCCUGAAGAUUCAAGACUUCUUGGACUUAAAUCUCAUGAUUGUCAUACCUUGAUGCAACAAUUGCUCCUUGUGGCAAUUCGUUCUGUUUUGGAGAAGCCUGCAAAGUAUGCAAUAACUCGAUUGUGCUUCUUCUUCAAUGCUAUGUGUGCAAAGACGGUGGAUGUUUCCAAGCUAGAUAAGUUGGAAGAAGAUGUAGUAGUUACUUUGUGUUUGCUUGAGAAGUACUUUCCCCCUUCAUUCUUUGAUAUCAUGGUUCAUCUAGUAGUACAUCUUGUCAGAGAAGUUCGUCUAUGUGGCCCAGUAUAUUUUAAAUGGAUGUAUCCGUUUGAAAGGUAUAUGAAAGUGCUAAAAGGGUAUGUUCAGAACCGUACUCGUCCAGAAGGUUGCAUUGCUGAGCGGUAUAUAGCUGAAGAUGCUGUAGAGUUUUCCACCAAGCAUUUAUUUGAAGUUAAUACAGUUGGAGUGCCUUCAAGCCAGAAGAUGGGAGUUUCGAAGCCAUUAUCAGGUUGCACAAUAAGCUUAGUUGAUCGGGACUUGGAACAUAUGAUCCACAUCAAGACCACUUAUCCAAAAUUUAGAAAGAGAACAAAGUGGCUGCAAGAUAAGCACAAUAGCACUUUCAUUCAAUGGCUCCACUUUAAAGUUCAAAGUAAACUUAAUGGGGAAGAGCAUAAUGGCGUAUCAGAAAAUUUGAGGUGGCUAGCAGCUGGUCCAAGCAUGGCAGUGCCAUCAUAUAGGAGUUAUCUUAUUAAUGGUGUUAAAUUUAACACCAAGGCACAAGAUGAUGUGCGAACUGUCCAAAAUAGUGGAGUUUAUUUACUUGCACAUACUAUGCAAGUUGCUAGUGCCAAGGAUAAAAACCCUAUUGUCUUUAAUAUGGAUAACACUUCGGGCCUUGUAUUCGACGAACUUGGAUUUACCCUUGUAGAUCUGAGUAAAAUUGGACAUAGGAAUGACCAAUUUGUUAUGGCUUCUCAAGUCAAACAAGUAUUUUAUGUUGACGACCCAAUGCAUCGUGGUUGGUCGGUAGUGUUAUCAAUGCCUAAUAGAGAAUAUAAUGAUGUUAUUGGUGAUGAUGUGCUAGGUGAUACUAGAAUUGAGUGUGAGCCAUUUACUAGAGGGAUAUCAAAUGUUGACACAUUUGAUGACCUAGUGGGUGAGUUUGGGAAUGAAAAUAUUAGAGAUGGGUGUGAAGAUAUAUGGAUUGAUUGA